AUGUUUGAGGAGCCGUACAGACACUAUGUCCGGCACCAAAAGAACAGAAAAGGCAACAAGCUCCGUUAUCUUGUUGAAAACCUUACCCACACACGGCUUCUCCGGCAGUUGGAGUCGGAUCUUUCGGUGACUCUUCUGCCCGAAACAAAAGCCCGCCUAAUACACCGCAUCAAGGAAGAAGAUGCCAAAAAAUAUCUUCCUGAAGAAACUUAUGAACAGUGGUAUCCGCGUUUGCCCGAGACAGCAGAGCUGCAGAAGAAACACAAGACAGAAGACUUUGACUUGUCGCUCCGACAAACAUUGAUUCACGAACUACGAAGUGCACAAACAGAAACAACAGAUGCAGUAGAACCAGCAACAAGAGGCACAGAGGCAGAAGCAGGGGCAGAAGCAGAGGCAGAGGCAGAAGCAGCGGAUUCAAGCAUAGAAACAGACAUCCGUACAGACUAUAUCUCAGAUGCUAUGGACACGUCUGAAUCAGACGAGAGUUCUGACGAGGAAGCUGAUCUUUCCGACAAGACGACCGACCUGGCUUAUGACGACGAGUUAGAUGGAGAUGCUCUUUACGCCUGCAAAAAGGCUCGUGUCUGGGACCAUUCGUUUGACCUGGUCCAAAGCUGGUCUCGGAAACAGUACACGCUCCGAAAAUGGGGCCUCGAGCCUCUAGGACAGAACGACGGCGCAAACAAAUAUUCCAUACGACACCAGCAUACGCAAUCCAUCAAUGCGCUUCUUCAUAUCAACAUGAUGAGAGAGAAAUGGGACCUAGCAUACAAAUUGUUCUGUGUUCUUGUGCGGCUCAAGCAAGUCGACGUUCGUUUGGUGUGGCCAUUAGGAGUGGAAAUCUUGCUCCAGCGCCGAAAGCAGCUCGAACUAACAGGCUCUACCUCAAAACUAGAUAUGCUCAAGGCUCAGAGCUUUUUGGAGUGGCUUAUGCAGAUUUAUCCUGUUUUCCGUUUCAACACCAUUUCCCACAACUCAAAUAUGGGCCCUGUUUUCCGUUCAGGGUCCACAACGCACGCUCCAAUGUUUGUUGUUUCUUUGUUGUGGCAGCUUUUGGUUGAGCGCAAGUAUCUCAAACUUCGUGAGACACUAGACGAAUUGUUGAUGACGCCCCCAUAUUCUUCCGAGGGUCUCUUCUAUCUCAUAUCAGCCUACUGCAGCUUGGCAGAAAACAUUCAUUUGGCGUCACUAUAUUCGAAUUUCGAUCAGUCCCCGGAUUUCCCUGCCGAAGAUGACCAGUUGGGAGACUUGGCUGAUGAUAUUAUGCUUAUUGGAUCCAAAGAAACAAUCAAAGCGAGAAUCUUGGAAAACCAUACACGAGUGCGGUUAUUGCUCGAGUCUUGUGACAAGUACAACUUUGAGUACCCGAAGGACAUCAUCAAAGCAGAAAUUGAAGGUAUUGCAUCGAUUCUAAAAGGCGAGAGCGAUUUUGUUUCGCUUGUUGAUUCUUUCAAAACUCCAGAAGCCGCCAAAUCUGAAUUUGCUCUUGUAAAUGGCCGUUUGAUACCUCAUCUGCCUGGCUCAAGAGCCAUACCGCCGCAAUUUCUCUCUCGUGUGAUUUGUGGCAAAUCCAAGAAAGCGAAAAAACAGUCAUGGGUCUGGUUUUGGUGCACGCUUUCCAAGGACGGCAAAGAUGCCAUUUGUGAUAUCUGCGGCCAAAUUUUGCGUCGUCCGUCUAGUUCCACGAUCCUGUUGAGCCGCCAUAUCAAGACACAUGGAAUCACGGAAGAGAGCUUUAGCGACAAAAAAAUCUCUCUUCUCAAGAAAGAUGUGGAGGCUUUGCUUCCGUCUCAAGCUCCACCUGUUGCUGAAAACGGGACUCCUCGCGUUCUAGAUUGGAGUGCUGUGACUCGGCGAAAGGCAAAAAAUGCUCGUCAGAAAGAAGGACGAUUCAAUAACUCUCAAAAAACCCUUUCGGAAGAAUCAGCAGCUCCUGUGGGACUUUUGCCAACGGAAGAUAAUGUCUCUGCCUCAGACGACCUGGAUGCUGAUUCGGACCACGCAGACUUGAAUAUGAACAUGUCUGGAGAUCGAAGGACAUCAGUCGAAGAAGGCAACAUGUACCAAAAUGUUGAAGUGGGACAAGAGGGGAGAACCAAUGCUAUUUCGGAGCAAAUAAAUGAUACAAUUACCCUGGUCCCAAGAACGAAAAUCUCUCCGAAGAGUUCGCCCGUUCCACCUGGCUUAAAAAAGUCGCCUAUUUCGGACAAGCAUUUGCAUUCUGCGUGUUUGCCUGCCACUAAUGUUUCUACCAAUGUAUUCGAAUCUCCAAAUAUGGGUUCAGAAGAGCAGGCCUCUCCCGAAUCCACGCAUGGAUAUGAUUCUGGGAAAGCAAAAUCAAAACAAUCAAGUUUUGUUGCGAAGUAUACUGAAGGCUUUAGCAUGCAUGAAAGUCUGGAAAGUGAAGAAGAUGACUUGCAAUUCUUUGCUAACUCCAAAAGCCAGUUUCUGCACCAGAAAAUAUUCAGCCCUGACUCGACUUUCGAUAGUCGUUUUGAUGAAGCGGAAGUCAGCAAAAACUUCCACGAAUUUGCGACACAGACCCAGAGGUCACAGAAAAAAGACAAUCUGGAUGGCUCAUCUGAACAGGAAGAUGUUGAAGCCCAGGAUCAUUUGACUUCCUUUGGCUUUGAGAGUAGUCGAGAUGUUUCGGAGAAUAAAGAUGAUAAAUCUUCCGACUUGGAAAACAAUUUUGAAGAUGCCAAUGAUGAAAUGUUUCCCAAUCCACUUGAAGAGGCCAAUCCUGUGCUUUCAGAAAGCGAAGACUACACGGAUCAUUUUGACUCAGCCCUUGAAAGCUUCCCUAAAAGUAAGCAGGAGGAAAUGGAGUUUGAUUUUGACUUUGACUAG